AUGCCCAAAAUCAUCGGCAUCAUCGGCAUCACAGGAAACCAAGGCAGCUCUGUCGCCUCUCGCUUUCUCCAAGAUGAUAAAUUCCAUGUUCGAGGUUUAACGCGAAACCCCUCUUCACCAGCUGCACAACGACUGUCUGCGCAGGGGGUGGAAGUCAUCUAUGCUGAUCUCAACGAUCCAUCAACCCUGACCGCUGCAUUUAACGGAGCUAAUAUCAUCUUCAGCGUCACAAACUACUGGGAACCAUUCGUCAGACCUGAUUGUCGGGAACGCGCAGCUGAAAGGGGGAUCAGUUGUCGACAAUACGCGUAUGAUGUCGAGCUCCAGCAGGGAAAGAAUAUCGCAGAUGCAGCUGCUACACUCGACACUCUCGACGACAACGGGUUCAUCGUAUCGACACUAAGCCACGCCAGAAAAUGCAGUCAGGGAGUGUAUAACGAGCUGUAUCACUUUGACGCAAAAGCAGAAGUCUUCCCAGAUUACGUGCGCCUUAAAUAUCCAGAUCUAGCGGGGAAAAUGUCCUGCGUUCAGACUGGCUUCUUCAUGUCGAGCUAUAAACUUGCUCCCGAGGCUUAUUUUACGAGGAUGGGCGAUGGCUUUGAAAUGACAUUCCCAACUACACCCGACGCAGCAGUCCCUCAUCUCGAUGUUAAUGCAGAUCUUGGAAGCUUCGUCUAUGCCGUGUCGCAAAUGCCACCUGGGCAGACAUACAUGGCUGCUGGGAGUACGUGCAGCUGGACUGAGUAUAUGAGGCUGUGGAGUGCGGUUACUGGUGUUACAGGACGUUAUCGGCAGGUAUCAUUGCAGGAAGUGAUUAACAACACACUAGAUAAGGAGUUUGGUCGUGAAUUUGGCGAUAUGUGUUUGUAUUCGAGUGAUCCGGGGUAUGAUGGGGGAGAGAGGUUGUUGAUGGCGGAGGAUAUACAAAAGACUGGAAUUGAAUGUCCGAUGACUACUCUUGAAGAAUGGAUGAAGAAGGAGGAUUGGUCGAGUGUUUUGAAAAACUCAUGCUGA